CACACACAAACAGAGAGAGAGAGAGAGAGAGAGAGAGAGAGAAUGGAGUAUUUCAGAAGCUCACUGCUGUGCUGAUUUUGAGAGAGAGAGAGAGAGAGAUAGGGAGAGAGAGAAAGAGAAGAGUAGUGCCCAAGAACCUAUCUUUUUUUUUUUACUGCAUUUGGGUCUCUUCUCUAAAACAUCAUCUCCCUGUAUUUUCCACUGCAAGAUAAAGGAGCCCAGUACAGAUAAAGGGGUUUUAGGUGUUCCUGACAAGGGUCUUGGGGUAAUGUUGAGGAAGAGAACCAGGUCACUCCAGAAAGAUCAACAGAUGGGUCCCUUAACAAUGUCUGAUUCUGGUUCUGAGCCCUUUACCCAGUCUGAUUGUCUGGGAUACAAUCACAAAACAAACUCCUUUGUCGGUGUCCCUGGUCUGUUUGUUGGGUUAACUUCUAAGGGCUUAUCAGAUUGUGAUUCUGUUAGAAGCCCAACAUCUCCUCUGGAUUUCAGGAUGUUCUCAAAUCUAGGAAAUCCCAGUAGGUCCCAAAGGUCAUCUCACAACGGGCACCAGAAGAGCUGGGAUUGCAGUAAAGUAGGCUUAAGCAUUGUAAAUUCUCUUGAUGAUGAUGAUAUGAGAGAAUCUGGCAAAUUUCUUCGAUCAUCAGAGAGCAAGAACAUUCUUUUUGGACAGCGAGUAAGAAUUAAAGACCCAAACUUUCAAGCCAAUGCUAAUUCUUUUGAGGCACCAAAGUCUUUGCCAAGAAAUUUUGCAAUUUUCCCUCAUACCCAUACCAAAUCUCCACUUCAGAAGGGCAGCUCUAAUGUUAUUUUUGAGAUUGGAGAAGCCCCAUUUGCACCUGAGCACUUUGGAAAAAUCCGGUCUUGUUCACUGGACUCCUGCAAGUCCUUUUCCACACUAUCCCGAUUGGCUGGACAGAACUCGAAUGUGACUUCAGGGAAUUUCUGCUUGAAUAAUCUUACUACCCAAGUGAAUACUCCGAUGCAAUUUUCUGGAGGAAGCCCAAACUCAAACAACUCUUUGCAUACUGAUUUGAACUUGACUCCAAUGUCUGUUGGCUCUGCCAAUGGACGAAUUGUUUCUCUCUCUGCAAGUGAGAUUGAGCUUUCUGAGGACUAUACAUGUGUAAUAUCACAUGGUCCCAACCCCAAGAAAACUCAUAUUUAUGGUGAUUGCAUUUUGGAAUGUUACUCUAAUGAAGGAAAGGAGACUGGAGUCCCUCACGCUAUUUCUAGCUCUAUAAUUCCAAGUCUAUUUCCUUCAAAUGAUUUUUUGAACUUCUGUUAUCAUUGCAACAAGAAAUUGGAAGGUGGGAAAGAUAUUUACAUGUACAGAGGUGAGAAAGCCUUUUGCAGUUUAAGUUGUCGCGCAGAGGAGAUUAUGAUUGAUGAGGAGAUGGAGAAAGCAAUCAAAAAAUCUUCUGAUGACUCUCACAGGUCUGACAAUGGCGAGGAACUCUUUGAAAAUGGCAUUUUUAACACUCCAUAGAGUCACUUUCAUGGUUUACUGAUAGCCACCACUCCCAUGAUUGAUGAAACUGUACACAAAGGUAGACAGCCUUGAUCAUCCAUUUAUAAAGGAGCUGUUUAUGUGCAUCUGUUAGCAGCCAUGGAUGAUCGUUUUGUACAUUGUUCCCUUUGGUGUUCAUGUUUCAUCAUUCAUGGUUGUGGGGGAUGGACCUAUAGUUUUUGCUUAUCAUAAUUCAGACUUUAUAUUGCCUCAUAAUUGAAGUAGAACAAGUGGCAGCUGAUUUUUCUGGCUGCCAAAUUUAACUCUUUUUCUCUCUAUAUCGAUUGUGGCAAGAGUUGUUGUACAAGUCUGCAAACUCUACAAGUUUCUGAUUGAAUAUAAAAUGCUAUUAAAUAUUGUAUGCUA